GUAUCUCCCUUUCCCUCGGACAUGCUGUCUGUAUUUAACCUCUGGUGUCUGUCCUAAUGCACUUCUGUCUAGUAGUUCAACUGCUCCAGGAGCAAGGUACUUGAAGCUGCUUUUAAAAGGGAGUCUGUCUCGCUUCCUCUCUCUUUUUAGAUCAGAGUUUAUUUUUAUACUACUGUUCUAUAGAUGGUAACAGUGACGUGGAGCCAGCAGCAUCUCACUCUGUGAACCACAAUACUAGUGGAAACUGACUCGUUAGUUUUUACAGCCUUGACUGGAUGCUGGAGCGUAGAGCUGUAAAAGUGGAGGAUUAGGUUCAGGUUUCAGGAAAAGAUGUACACAGUCCAGGCACGUGCGCGCAUACGCGUCACACACAUCAUAAAACACCCUUCAGCAUCCACGCCCUCAUUAUAGGAACAGACCUGGAAAUGGAGAAUGGAAAAAAUUAUAGCCUAACUCUAAAGCUGUAAGCUUCUGUCAGGGUCUGUGCAUAGAUACAAAAAACAUGCUUUUCAACCUACUGUACCGAGGCCUUAUUCCCUUUGACUGGAGAGGGCUAUCACCUACUCGCCCUCUAGGAAAAGGAGAAAGUUACCCCCUAGUUUCUGAUCUAAGGUCUUUUUUUUCUUGCUUUUUUUUCUGUUCAGGUUAGGAUUUGGGAAAGAAACUGAUCCUUGGCCUGAGAGCCAAUUAUAUCUAGGCUACAUGAUGCUGACUAUUGUUGUUGUACUGAAAUAUCAACUGCAGUGGCUGCUAAUCUGCCUGUAGGUGGUGAAUAUCAACUGCAGUGGCUGCUAAUCUUCCUGUAGGUGGUGAAUAUCAACUGCAGUGGCUGCUAAUCUUCCUGUAGGUGGUGAAUAUCAACUGCAGUGGCUGCUAAUCUUCCUGUAGGUGGUGAAUAUCAACUGCAGUGGCUGCUAAUCUUCCUGUAGGUGGCGCUAUUGUGUAUACAACCUCACCUCUGAAGUGAACACUCAUGGUGCAACAGUGCUCUCAUGCUUGGUGUAUGAAGUCUGCACCCACAUGGUUGCCAAACUAAAUAUCUUAAGAUGAGUUUCAGAAUGGUACGCUCUGUUUCUGCUAAAAUGAUAAUCUGGUUUCAAAGUGUUUUUGUACUGUUUAUUUAGAAAUGUUCAGUUGGCGCGAGUGGGUGUGACGUGUUUUUAGGGAGUCAGUGUAUACACGUGUGUCCUGGCUCAACCCCCGCCCUACCCAUGUUGUCGUUACUGGCGCCUAUCAUAUUAUUCCUGAGAAAAUAACAUUCUUCUCCUUGUUGUUUUCACAAGCACUUCUGAGAAAUGAAGAUUGUGGCCUUGGGGAACCUAUCCCUUUCCCUCAAACAGAACACCAGGAGUGACACACACUAUAGAGGGGAAAUAACAAUUGUUUUGUAGAUUUUCUUCAAUAGCUUUCUCUCCCCUCUGUCAUAACACUGGGUUGCCAGAUCUGCCCCUCUAUCCGUCGUCCUUCCACUGAUAUUAUCCUGGUACUGUUAGUAUGACUUGACCAUGGGUUGCCAGAUCUGAACGUCCAUAAUCCCCCAUCCUUCCACUGAUAAUAGCCAGGUACUGUUAGUAUGACUUGACCAUGGGUUGCCAGAUCUGAAUGUCCAUAAUCCCCCAUCCUUCCACUGAUAAUAGCCAGGUACUGUUAGUAUGACUUGACGACAGACUAGCCACAGCCACCCAGUAGCAGACAAACUCCCUCCUCCAGUCAUAGACAACCGGAAUGUGAUUCACAGCGACAAGGUACACCUGGGGUGUAUUCCUUAGUCGGAUAGCGUUGGGAAAUGUUUUGCAACGGAAAAUGUUUACCGUUUACUGUAGGAACAAAACGGAAUGAAACGGGGAGGGACGUACCUGAAUUUAUCCAGUAGAAUCUCGUUUUCGUUUGGAUUAAAUGGUUUCCGUUUCAAAACAUUUUGCCACCGACCUAACGUUUGCAAUGGAAUCUGACUAAUGAAUACACCCCAGAGUUGACUGGCUGGCCACAGGCCGGGACAUUUGGUGUCAUGUGAAAAUGUCUGUCUCUGAUGGAUGGCUAUGGCUCACCUUUAGUGUCACCACCAUAGAGGUAGAAAGAGUGCUCAUAUUUGUAUCUGCAUAAUGUCUGACUACUUUAAAAUGAUGGAAGCCCUAUAAUAUAAUAAUAUGCAGUUUAGCAGACGCUUUUAUCCAAAGCGACUUACAGUCAUGCGUGCAUACAUUUUUUGUGCCCUCAAUGGCAAUGUCCAUGCUAAAACGCGUUCUAGCCAUUCAGAGCCCUCUUUCUACCUCUAUGGUCACCACCCACAGCAAAGAUGAAGAAUCACAGUCUACCUGUCUGUCAAGUGAACAUUCAGCAGACAUACCUGGCACCGACUGACUACCUGUUGUCACCCUCAAGGUCAACGCAGUAUUUUCCGGGAGGUAUUUGGGGAGUUUUCUGUUUUCAAAAUGGCUGUCGUUGUAUCACUCGGAGGUGCUACACACUGGUGGUGGAUGAGUCCAACGGUGAUCCCUAAGAGCAGAUCCAGGAUCAGCCAAGCUGACCCCCAUUUUGGAAGACCUGUGCAGAUGCAAAAUUUGGUAACAAAAUUACGGAAGUCUAAGACGAAGCCCAAUGGGAAGAAGCCGCCAGCGGAAGAGAAGAAGCAGUAUCUGGAGGCGGAGUUCACGAAAGUACGCGUGGUCGACUUCGACCUCAAAGAGCUGGUGGUGCUGCCCAGGGAGAUAGACCUCAACGAAUGGCUCGCAAGCAACACAACGACCUUCUUCAAUCUUAUAAACCUGCAGUACAGCACCAUCUCCGAGUUCUGCACUGGGGACACCUGUCAAGCCAUGACAGCCUGCAACACAAUAUACUACUGGUAUGACGAGAGGGGAAAGAAGACUAAGUGCACUGCCCCUCAGUACGUCGACUUCGUCAUGAGUCUGGUGCAGAAGCUGGUCACAGACGAGGACAUCUUUCCUACGAAAUAUGGCAAAGAGUUCCCCAACGCGUUUGAGGCGUUGAUAAAGAAGAUCUGCAGGUAUCUGUUCCACGUCCUGGCUCACCUCUUCUGGGCGCACUUUAAGGAGACAGUGGCCCUGGAUCUACAGGGCCACUUGAACACACUGUAUGCACAUUUCAUUGUUUUCGUAAGGGAAUUCAACCUGGUCGACCCCAAGGAGACCUGUAUCAUGGACGACCUGUCCGAAAUCCUCUGCGCCCCCGCGCCCCCAGCGCCCGCCGCCCCUUCCUCCCCCACCUCGGCCCCCUCCCCUUCUUCACACAACCAUGUGACGGAGAGAUGAGCAGGGGUUUCCGCGACAAGCAGCCCCGGGAGGAAGAUGGUAGAGGAGAGAUGGAAACAGAACGCCUGGUCCCCUUCCUAGACCUCUGGCUUCAGCAGCAGGACCUGGAGACCUUCCACUAUCCUUAUAUUUCGCUAUGACGCCAGCCAGCCGGAAGGAUCCAGGGGGGAGGGUUUUUUGGGGUUAGGGGGGGGGGGGAAGUGUUGUCACUCCAACAGGAAUUGGUGUCAGCAUGUUCCUCCCAGGGGCAAAUCCCUCCCAUCUGCUCUGCAAUUUAAACUAGGAACAAACUAUGUGUAAUGUUUUAUUUUACUUUUAUUGUAUUAUUUUCUGUUGGAAAAGUUCUAUUCAGUUUUAUUUUUUGUUUUAUUUUUCUAAUUUGGGACAGUGUGUCUUUUUGCCCUUUCCUCCCUCUGUCCUCUGCCUAAAGUAUAGUUCAGGAUGGUGGCUCUGCUUUGCUUGAACAUACUAUUGUAGUGUUGUCAUUGUGUGGAGAAAAGGCGACUGUUAUCGGAUUGGCUCUUUGCUCCCCCCUAGUGGUGGGAGGAUUGAAGGGGGAAGGUCACUACGCUGGCCUAUAGGGAGCCAUGUUACUGCCUGGUGGGCGAUACUAGCCAAUCACUGUUUGGGUUGUUAAUCUGGGGAUGAUUCAAGUGCUUCCUACUCAGGACCAGAGAACACAAGUCACUGCUGCCAGAGAGAAGUACUCUCUAUUAUUCUCUCCCUCCCUCUCUCUUUCUAGCUCAUUCUCUCUGUCCACAAAACGACUCUCAGUCCCUUAAAUAUUACAGUUGUCAUUCUCGUAUUACUCUAGUCAGGUAUCACCUGAUGUACCCCUCUUUAACAGCUCCAUCCCAGAGGCCACCCAUAGAGGGCAGUAUAGACAUAGGGUGGCACUGCCACACAAACAGGGAGAUGGAGAAGAAGAUAUAAAGAUUGUAUUUUAGAUAUAUUAGAAUCUGACCAGACAUGCUACUACAAGACAGACUGGUUCCCAUUAUCUGGGUACAGGGGAGGGUGGUGGAGACCUUUUCCCCAGUGAAAAGAGCUGUUUGCUGGGGUGCGAUACAGCGGCAGCCCCUCUGCCCCCUCCAGCAGCACAGGAGAAGGACAAAGACAUUGGUUAUGUCUGCACGCCCAGAAAGAAGGGAGGAAAGGAGGAGAGAAAGGAUAAGUGUGGGGGUGGUCUGUUUGCUGUUCUGGAUUGCAGAACAAGCCCCCACUGUCUCUUGACGAUACCCCCCCCCCAGCCCAGCCCCUUAACGUUUGGUUUUUAUUUUCCCUUUAAAAUGUACUUUUUUAAAUUAUCAAAGACGAAACUAGUUCAUGAAAAAUAAUGGCAUCCUUACACAUGUAUAGAAAAAUGCACAGUCUGCUUCAACUUGACUGUACAGAGUGGAGAGCGGAAUCCGUCAGACAGCCUCUAUCAAGGAGGAGGAUUAGGGUUUAUAGUUCUACUUCUAUUUAUAAUUUAAAAAAUGUGCAGGGUUCUUCAGUUCUGGCUUUCAUUUUUAUGUAUUUUAAUUAUUAACUAAGUUAAAAGCAAUUUAAUAUUUUAAACUCUGCGGAUUAUAAUCGAAUAAAAUACAUAAAUGCC